AUUUGGAACAGCAGCAGCAGCAGGGGCGGGUGGAGACCGGGUGCACGGAGUGACCGGGCCGCGAGCUCGUCGUACUUCCACCACCAAGGCGUGAUGGUGUUCGUGCGACUGUACCAACGUGUCUCGCAGAGCUAUGAGGUGGCGCUGGGACAGUACCAGGAUCGUGUGGCGGCCGGCUUGCAGCCCUCUACGCGGGUGGUGAACCUAUACAGCGUCGGCACCGAGGAGGGUCUGCUCGUGUGCGCCAAUUUCUUGUAUCUGGGGCUGGUGGUCCUGCUCUAUCUCCGAAUGUUGAGAAGGAAAGAGCCUGUGCGUCUGCGCGCGCUCAUGCUCGGCUACAACACCCUAAACGUCUGCAUCUCGCUCUUCGUGGCGUGCAGCCUCCUGUUCUUCAAGGUAAGCUCGAGGGGUUUCAACGGCGAAGGAAGGGACGGGUCCGUCGUGUCCCCGGGGGGGGGAGGGGGAGUCGGCGGUUUCGUGUGCAACCCCCUCCGCACCGACCUUCAGGGGCAGAUGGUGGCGAGGGUGUUCGCGGUGUUCUACCUGCAGAAGUACCUGGAGCUGGUGGACACCUUCCUGUUCCUGCUCAGGAGAUCCUUUAGACAGGUGACCUUCUUCCACCUGUUUCACCACUGCUCCAUCACCGUCAUCGUCGGUUCCAUCCUUCCCUUCGACUUCAACGGCGACAUGUACCUGCCGAUCAUGCUCAACAGCAUCGUGCACGUGCUGGUGUAUCUGCACUACGUCUUGAGCGCGCUCGGCAAGCACUCGUGGUGGAGCAGACACUUGACGAAGCUGCAGCUGACACAGUUCGCGGUGAUUCUCGUGCAGUCCGCGACGGCGUUCUAUCGAGGACCAGACUGCGGGUCCCCCGAUUUCGUCAAGGUGGUCCUUCUUCUGUACAUGAUAUCGUUGCUCGGGCUCUUCGCCCUGUUCUUCGUGAAGAGGUCGUUGCUGGGUCCCGCCGAGGACCCCGGCAUGUGCGGCGUAAUCAAGUCGCUCGAGGCCGACAGCAGCGGCGGGAUUGGGGGCACCGCGGGCAAGACGGAGGGGGUAGUAGCGGCACCGGCGGCGGCGGCGGCGGGAUCAUGGCACGGGAAUGUUUUGCUGGACGAGGUCGGGGCGGCGGAGAUAUGGCUCCCGCCUGGGUUCCCUGCAGAGACUCUCGCCGGAUCGACGACGUACAGCUACCAGCUCACCCCAGUCGGAGCGCCGAUGCCCGGGCUGUUCGUUUCGGAAGAGAUUGCGACAGCAACGAGCCGAGGCAGCAAGCCAAUCAGCAGGCUGCGGGGGGAUAGCAAUGACGCCGGUUCUUGCAUCUCCUUCUCGGUGAAGGGAGGGAAGCCGCGGUUCACCGUGUCUUGGGCGGUCACCGCGGUGGGGGCUCCGUGCGGUGGGGGGGGAGGAGGGACAGGGGGGAAGCAACCUCUCUCCCCGAGCCACAAAAGUAGCGAAUGACAUUGAGGCGAGGGGUCUCAUGUUGCAGUUCCGAUGGCAGCAGGGGAGGUGCUGGUGCUGACGGCUGAGUUGAUUGACCGGGGGGAGUGGGCUCCGCUAUGGGCUUUACGGGCAGUACCUCAAUCCCUACGAACGGGACAGACAUACAAGAGGCCGUUGUACCGUGUGAAAUAUGUGGGGGAGGUUUCGUUUGCCGAAUGUAUCUACGUGUGACUUGGUUUUGUUUGCCUUUUUCUUUUUGUCGCUUUUUCUUUUUUGUGUAUGUCAGUUUUGAUGCUUGUGGUGUUAUAUAUAAUAGUGUGAUUGUGCGGCCCACGUGCCAUCGCUCCGCGCCGGGGGCGGUAGGUGCACAUUGCUGUGUGGUGCGUGUGGUGUGUCGAGUUCCGAGGGGUAACUUCUCCAGUUUCUAGCUGUUGCCCUUGAUAUCAACGUUGGCGUCAUAGAGUUCUCCAUGCGCAUGAUAAUAUCAUACAGGGCUCACAGAAACGGACCGCGUGAGUUCAUUUUUUGAGAGGGGGGGGUAAUACGGUGGUGAACGAUUAUACGGAGCACUGCUGAGCGAGUAGACCAACUUGCGUGUUGAUCCGUCCUGGUUUUCUGGCAGUGUCGUGCUUCGCUGUUUUUUUCUUUCGUCGAGCGUGUGUCUUCAUUCUCGUCGUGCCUUUUUUAUCGAAACAGUUUUGUGUACAACGGUUGGUGCCCACACGCUCGCGCAGGUUUUCGUUUUUCAAAGUAAAUUUUUGGUUCGUUCGUUGUCCUUGUGUUUUCCGCAUAGUAGGCGGGAAGCCCGUCCAAGGUGGGGUGAGAGUUUGUGUGCUGCAAGUUGCGGCAGCGUUAGGGGUAAUUUAUGGGCUUGUUCUCUGGUACGCAAAAGGGAUGUGUGUAGGGAAAUUCAAGUGAUCCCUCGGGAGUGCGCUCAUGAGAGCACAAUGCCAUCAAGGAGAGUGAUGCCAAGAUGAAAAACUAUAGCAGGGAGCAGGACCAAACCGACGGCUGGCGUCCAGCUGCGGUGACGUUUCCCACGCUCAGCAGCGCACAACAGCUGACGUGUUUCUGACUCGAAGAGCCUGUGAACCUCAACAAACCUAAUGUAAUAGAAAAAAAUACAGUAUUUCCAGACUC